CUCUUCUGUAUAUAAUAGGGACGAUCAUAUUAUCCAGAGCCACCAAGAUUAGAUCGCAUAACAACCAAUCCGUUCGCUAGACACUAAAAAAGGCUCAGGCUCAGCCUUAGCCAAUGGAUUCAAGAUCCAAGCACAAUGAUGGGCUGACCCAACCCAUUCUCUCCGAUCACCGGAAUUCACAGGUGGCUCCGGAGCCGAAAGGGGAAGUGGUGAGCUCGGAGCUGGAGCAUAUACUAUCGGACAACAGUUUAACCUCCUUCCAGCGAUACAAAAAGGCGUUGUCUCUUGAACUCGUUAGCUUAUUCUGGCUAGCAGCUCCAACUAUUGUUGUGUACUUGCUGAACAACUUGACGUCGAUCUCCACCCAAAUCUUCAGCGGCCACCUUGGUAACCUUCAGCUCGCAGCCGCCACUCUUGGCAACAAUGGUGUUCAAAUCUUCGCCUUUGGUCUUCUGCUUGGAAUGGGGAGCGCAGUGGAGACUCUAUGUGGUCAAGCAUAUGGAGCUAAGCAAUACGGAAUGCUCGGUGUUUACCUUCAAAGAUCCACCAUUCUUCUAAUGCUGACAGCGAUACCUCUUAUGUUUAUCUACAUUUUCUCAAAACCCAUUCUCCUGUUACUCGGCCAAUCAAAAGAAAUCGCCUCCGCAGCUUCCCUAUUCAUCUUCGGACUCAUCCCGCAGAUCUUCGCAUACGCAGCCAACUUCCCAAUCCAAAAAUUCCUUCAAUCCCAAAGCAUCGUCUUCCCCAGCGCCUACAUCGCCGCCGGGAUUUUCGUCGUUCACCUUCCGUUGUCCUAUCUUGUGAUGUACGUCUUCGACUGGGGGCUACUGGGUGGCGCGUUGGUUUUGAGUUUUUCAUGGUGGGUGAUUGUGUUGGCGCAGUUUGUGUAUAUCCUCAAGAGUGAUCGGACUAAGGAGACGUGGAAUGGGUUUAAUGUGGAGGCGUUUUCUGGGCUUUGGUCGUUCUUUAAGCUAUCCGCAGCGUCCGCAGUUAUGUUGUGUCUAGAGACAUGGUAUUUUCAGAUUCUUAUUUUGGUCGCUGGUUUGCUUCCGAAUCCGGAGAUAGCGUUAGAUGCGUUGGCUGUUUGUUCAACGAUUCUUGGAUGGGUUUUCAUGAUUUCAGUUGGAUUCAAUGCCGCUGCAAGUGUGAGAGUUAGCAACGAGCUAGGAGCAGGACAUGCGAAAUCGACAUCAUUUGCAGUUAUAGUUGUGACAUCAAUGUCGUUCAUUGUGGCUUGCAUAUGUGGUAUCAUUCUGUUUUUUGGAAGACAUUACAUAAGCUAUAUUUUUACCGAAGGAGAGGUUGUCGCAGAAGCUGUCUCGGAGCUUACUCCUCUACUUGUAUUUUCAAUCCUCCUGAAUGGCAUUCAGCCUGUUCUUUCAGGGGUCGCUGUUGGAUGUGGAUGGCAAUCGUUUGUUGCAUAUGUGAACAUUGGAUGUUAUUAUAUGGUUGGAGUUCCCCUUGGUGUUUUGUUGGCCUUCUACUUUGACUUUGGUGCUAAGGGAAUAUGGUCGGGGCUAGUAGGGGGUAUGGUAAUGCAGACGAUGAUUUUGUGUUGGGUUACUUUCCGAGCAGAUUGGAACAAAGAGGUAAAAAUAGCAAAUAUGAGGGUAACGCAAUGGAAACAACAGAAAGAAGACCUUUUGCUAAACAAUUAAGAACCUUUUGUUUUUGCCCUUUAUUGUUUUUUAUUUAGAUUUUAAUUUCUUUAGAGCAACACAAGGUAAUACACUUGUUUGCGACUUAUUUGAAGUGGAUUGUAAUGAAUAACUAUUAUCAGCCUUUGAUCAUUAUAUUAAUUAAUUAGAAAGUUUUGUCUUUAUGAACAA